AUGUAUAAUCCAUGUGGUCGAUAUGGAUAUUGUCGUGAUAAUUCAUAUGGUGAGUGGACAUGUGAAUGCAAAUUUUGGUGGAACGGAACAUUAUGUGAUGAACAAACAACUAGUGGAAAACAAGUUAUUGCACUUGGUUGUAUAUUAGCUUUUCUUAUGGCAGUUUUUUACGGUUUACAAAUUAUGCAUUUUGAUCUUGCAUUAAAAAAUGCUAAAAAAUCAGCUCAUAUAUCUUCAUGUUUGGUUGCUUGUUUAACAAUAAUCUUGACUGCUGUAGCACUUAUUUCAAAAUGGUCAUUAAUACAACCAAUACAUAAUGAAGUAGCUGCCAAAUAUCGUACCAAUCAAUCAAUUUAUUAUAAACCAAAUUCUUUUUGUGAUACUAUGUCUCUUCAAGAAUUCAAUGUUAUAACAUUUCCUGUUGCUUGUUUUUUAAUUCUUAUACUUAUAAUAAGAACCAAACGAACAUCAUUAGUACCCAAUCUAUGUUAUGGAUAUGGAGCACCACCAAUGCCUAUUGAUUUUCUUUCUCAUGUUGAUCGAAAAUUUGCUGCUGUUGUUUUUGCUGUAUGUGCGGAUGAAUUAUUACUUAUAAUGAUAACAGUAAUUAACGGUACUGCAGCAAAAGGUGAAGGUGUUAUUAUUACUUAUCUUCUACGUGUUCUUGAGGUAUUAAUUAUGGGUGUUCGUUAUUAUGCUCUUUUAGCCGCUGUUUAUUUAAAUACAAUUUUUGUAUUAGCAUGUGCAACAAUAUAUGCUUGGCUUGACUAUGCAAUAACGAUAAUUGAUCAAGGUAUGUGUGAAUCAGAUUUUUAUCCAACAUACGAUGAUUAUUUGAAAAAUGCAAGUACUAUUACUAAUAUGUUUGAUUAUUUUGGUACUGGUCCUAAUUUAAUUGCCAUACAAUUAUGUACAGAUAUACCAAGAUUUUUAUGUUUAGCUUAUAUUAAUGUUAAAAUACCCAUGUUAUUAAUAAGAAAAAUUUCUUUUCGAUAUAAAAAAAAUCUACCAUUAGAAAAGAGAAUGUUAAUGAAAUUAACAAGAGAACAAAGAAUAAUUAUUGGUAUAUCUGAACCAAAUUCAGUUGAAAUGCUUUAUGUUAAAAAUUUAUUUCAUUCAGCUAAUAAUCGUUCAAAAAGUCAAGCAUUAUUUGCUCGUUUAAUACCAACAAAAAUUUAUGAAUGGAGAGAUGAUUAUCGUUUUUCAACACGAAUUAUUUGUCUUUAUUCAUCAAUUUUUCUUCUUUUAUAUUUUGUUACUAUUCAAGCAUGUGUACAAGUUCUACCUUUAUUAGCAGAUCUUCAACAAGCUAUUCAAAUAAUAGCUGAUUUAAUUUCAUCAAUAUUUAUUUCUAAACCCGAGAAUACUGAUAGUGAAAAUGUAAGUUCUAAUACUUCAAAUUUUCCACUUCCAUCAUUAAUUAGACCUUAUUUAUUUGCUAUAUUUCUAACAUUAAUUAUAAUAAUUAUACAAUUAUUAGUAUUACUUGUUAAUAUUCGUAGAAAUUCAUUUCAAUCAUUUCGUGGUGAUGAUAGUGAAAUACCACGACGACAACGAUCACAUUAUGUUUCUUAUGCAGCAGGAAAUUUUCAUUUUGCUGGAUAUUUUAUUGGCUAUUUAAUAUGGGGUUAUAUGAUUAUAGCAGUAUUUUCAUUCAUAUUAUGUCUAAGUAUUGAUGCAUUUAUUACAUAUGGAAGUGUUCGAUUAAUUGAAACGAUAUUAAAAAUUGUUAUACCAAGUCUUUUAUUUGUAUUUUUUAAACAAUAUCUUAACAAAAUUCUUGCACAAUAUAUAUUUUUACAACAUUAUGGAGAAGUUCUCGCAUUAAAUAAUCGUCGUUGCUUAAUGAUCUUUAUUUAUUUUAAUUUUUUUCUUGAUGCUUUUCUUGGUUUUAUUUCUUCAAUAGUUCGUUUAAUUAAAAGUAUUAUUGCUGGUAUUGCUUAUAUGUGUCGUUUAGAUUAUUCUCCAUUAGGUCGUAAAUUGGAAACAUUGGAUGGUGGUUUUAGUGCUUAUUGUGGUUUUAUACAUACUGAAUGUGCUCAUCGACAUCCAGUUAUGUUAGUUGUUGUUUCACUUCUUUAUACUCAAAGUAAAAUGAAUGAAUUGAAAAUGAAUAUGAUAAAUUCUCAUGAUUUAACAGCCGAUGAAAAAUAUGAAAUAAAACCAAAAUCUCAAUCAAGAUAUGUACGUAAAUGGAAAUUAGCUGUUUUUCUUACACAAAAUCCAACAUUUGUUUUUUUUCGCAAAGCAUUUCUUAAUCAAUUACAUAUUGAAGAAAUUCGUUUUGUUAAUGAUGUUGAUAAUGAUGAUAAAAGUAAUAUACAACGAAGGUUAUCUGUUUAUACACGUCGAAUGUCUGCUGCUCGGUCAAUUAAAAUUAAUAAUACAUUAUUAUUAAAUAAAAAUCAUUUUACAAUGACUACGCAACGACUCUUGUCAAAGAUUAGAAUUUAUAAUAAUAAUUAUCGUUUAUUUUCAUUUUCUUCAAAAAUUAAUAAUAUUGAUAUUGUUGCACCAAAAUUUCAAAUUGAUCUACCAGGAAUAGAAAAUUAUGGUUUUGAAGGUGAGUCAUCAUUUAUGAUAUGUUCACAUGGAGCUGUUGCAUCAGAUUCAGAAGAAGCAUCUAAAGUUGGAAGACGUAUUUUAAAUUUGGGUGGUUCUGCAGUUGAUGCAGCUAUAGCUGUACUUCUUUGUGUUGGUGUACAUAAUUGUCAUUCAACUGGUAUUGGUGGUGGAUUUCUUAUGAAUAUUUAUGAUGUUUCAAAAAAAGAAUGUGUAGCUAUUGAUGCACGUGAAGCAGCACCAUCGAGAGCUCAUCAAAGAAUGUUUGUUGAUGGAAAUCCGCCACCAUCAUCAGUAUCAGGUGGUUUAUCAAUUGGUAUUCCAGGUGAAAUAGCUGGUUAUUGGAGUGCUCAUAAACAAUAUGGCAAAUUACCAUGGUCAGCUUUGUUUAAACCAGCUAUUGAUAUGUGUAAUGAAGGUUUUACUAUACAAAAAGCUCUUGCUUUUAGUAUUCUAAAAAAUAAAAAUAAAUUAUGGAAACAUAGACCAUUCAGACGAGUCUUUUUCAAAGGUGAUUCUGAUGAAGUAUAUGGAUUACAUGAUACUAUUUAUCGACCACGUCUUGGUGAAACUCUUUCAAUAAUUGCUGAAAAAGGACCAAGUGCAUUUUAUGAAGGUGAACUAUCAGCUGGUAUUUGUGAAGAAAUUCAAUCACAUGGUGGAAUAAUUACUGAACAAGAUUUGGCAACUUAUCAUGCUCGAGUGAAACCAUCUCUUAAGGUUAAAAUAAAAAAUAAUUAUACAGCUUAUGGUGUGCCACCACCAGCUAGUUCUGCAAUAACUUUACUUAUUCUUAAAGUAAUGGAUGGUUAUAGUCUAACUCCACAAUCAUUAGAUACUGAUGAAAAACAAGUAAAUUUUUAUCAUAUUCUUAAUGAAGUAUUUAAAUUUGCAUACGGUAAACGAUCAGCAUUAGGUGAUGAAUAUGAUUCACAAACGGAUAAAAAUCAAGAAAUUGAACAAUUACUUCAUUUAAUUCUAUCGUCUCAUUAUGCUGAAGAAAUUCGUCAACGAGUUAAUGAAAAAAAAACUCAACCACUUCAAUAUUAUGAACCAAUGUUUGAACCUCAAACAGAUUAUGGAACUAGUCAUUGUUCUAUUAUUGAUGCUGAAGGAAAUGCUGUUGCUGCCACGAGUACAAUAAAUACUGCUUUUGGAGCCUUUGUUUAUGGACAUAAUACUGGUAUCAUCUAUAAUAAUCAAAUGGAUGAUUUUUCAAAGCCUGGUUCACCUAAUUUUUAUGGUUAUGCACCAAGUCCAGCAAAUUUUAUCAAACCUUUUAAACGUCCGAUGACAUCAAUAAGUCCAAUUCUUGUUACUGAUCCAAAUGGUAAAGUUAUUUUUACAGCUGGUGGUUCUGGUGGUAGUCGAAUUAUUUCUUCUGUUGCUCAAGUAGCUAUUUAUAAUCUAUGGCUUGGUAAAAGUAUUCGUGAUGCUGUUGAUAUGCCUCGAUUACAUCAACAACUUAUACCAAUGGAACUUGAAUUAGAAAAACGUUUUCCUGUUAAUGUUGUUCAUGGUCUUCUAGCAAAAGGUCAUACAAUAUCAGGUUUUCGUGGUGGAUGUGUUGUUCAAGCAAUUGAACGUCGUCAUUCGAAUGAAUUAUGGGCUGUAUGUGAUGCUCGAAAAGGUGGUGUACCUGAUGGUCUUGGUUAUACGAAUAUAACAAAAAGUUUUCAAAAUUGGUUUCGUCGAACAUUUAAACGAAGUAAAGAACAAAAAUUACUCGAACAAGCAAUUGAAAAAGGACGAUUAUUAACACCAAAAUGA